CUGUAAGACCACUUUAACCACAAUAGCAUUAGAAAGCACUUGUGAGACCAUUGAAAACUGAUUAAAAAGCCAAUCACAAGUAACUACCUCAGCAACAAAGUACGCUUGAUAAAAUAAUUAUGCAUAUUAAUCGGUGUAUUUGUCUAGACUACUCAUAAAAGUUUAUAAGAGCGUCCAAUUAAGAAUCACAGCGAUAGCAAAUUAUUUAAAAACUGCUACUAAUUUAAUAGUGAAUGUGUACUGUGUGUAUUUUGUUUUGUGUUAAAAUAAUCUGUUAAUCAGAAUGCAAGAUGACAAAAUUGGGGAUGCAGAAAAAGUUACAUUUGAAGAAGCCCUCAGUAAAACAGGAUUCGGCGCAUACAGCUACAUGUUAACAUGCCUGGCUGGAGUGGCGAUAAUAUCGUUAGCGUGUAUCUUCUUCAGCAGCACCAUCGUAGCGCCCGUCAGCGCCUGCGACCUUCAGACCACUAGCGCUCAGCAGGGCAUGCUGGUGGCUGGGCCUAUUGUUGGGUCCAUACUGGGUGCCAUCGUAUGGGGCUACUGGGCGGACCAGCACGGCCGAAGACGCACCCUCAUUUUGUCAUUGCUCUUGGGAGCAGCAAUCAACAUGGUAUCCAGCUUGUCGGUGGACUGGGUGAUGCUGCUGGUGUUGCAGUUUAUUGCUUCUUUGAUGAUCGCAGGGCAGUACUCACUGGCAAUGACUCUUCUAAGUGAAUGUGUGCCGAUAGAUCGCCGAACCAUCGUCGUGAUGAUGGUCUCCAGUAUUUAUCUUCUGUCGCAGGGAACCAUGGCUGUUUUAGCCAUGCCAAUAAUACCGUUAAGCUUCUCCUUCUACCUGCCUUAUCUGGACAUCCAAUUCAACUCCUGGCGACUCCUGCUAGUCAUCUACUCCGUGCCCAGUGUGCUAACCGCCGUCUGGCUCUACUUCAUGCAAGAGAGCCCCAAGUUCGUGUAUUCGAAGGGGAGAGAGCAGAAGGCGUUGCAGAUUUUGAAGAUUAUUCAUGGAAUAAACAAUAGAAGAUCUCUUCAAGAAUAUCCAGUAAAAUGUCUGACUAGACGAAGGUCUCACACUGAAGGGGCGGUUACUACAGUCAACCACAUAACACCGCUGUUUCGGAAACCUCUGCUGAAGUACACGAUCAUCAUGAACCUCCUCUUCCUAUUAGACCAACUUUCAGCCUUCAAAGUGUGGCUUCCGACAAUAGCGAAUCAUUUCAUGCAGACUUCCCACACUGGAAAUGGAACUCAUCUCAACCUGUGCGACAUCAUAGCUACCAGCGUCAAGGACUCAGAGGAAUCAAGUGGCACUUGCGCGUUGAACUCGAGUGCUCUCGUAAUCGUCCUCGUGGUGGGUGUCAUACUGUCUCUCACCAACACUGCGGUCAGUCUGUUGGUCAGCCGAGUCGGCCGCCGAAACUUGGCCAUGGCGAUCACAGCGGUGUGCGGCGCUAGCGGUGUGCUGGUGAACCUGGUGCCGUACUCCGCCGCCAGCGCGGCUCUGUUCGUGCUGCAGCUCAUGGGAAUCGUCGUGUUUGGGCUCUACACUGCUAUGUGCGUCGCGUUUUUCCCUACGUACAUGAGGGCACUGGCAGUAACGUUGACAAUGACUGGAAGUAGAAUCGCCAACUUCAUCUCCAUUCAGUUGAUUAACUACCUCCUCACCAACAACUGCGAGAUCGCCUUUUAUGUAUACGGGUCUGCAUUGGCUUUUUCAACAGUGAUAGCAUCAUUUCUCCCUAACGACCACCGUACCAGAACAACACAGCACGAAAUAUUGGAGGAAGAAGUGGCAGAUGGAAGCAUCGAUAGUUUUUGAUUAAUAAAUUAUUAAAUAAAAAUAAA